GCAAAGUUAAAGAAGAAAUGAAUAUUGCUGAAAAUAUCGAAUUAUCUCCACAUACUCUCCGCCGUUGUUUUGCUACUCAUCAGGCUAUUUCAGGAAUGCCUUUACCAGUUUUACAAAAAGUUUUAGGACAUACAUCAGGUUCUGGAUCAUCAGGAUCAGCUUCAGGAGCAGAAGGUUCCGGAUCAUCUGGUUCUUCUUCGAUUUCUGGUUCUAGACCAGCUGCACCAGGAUCUAGAAUUGGUUCAGUUGGCUCAAAAAUAGCCUCAGGAGGAUUAAUAUCAGGUUCUAAAUUAGGUUCGUUAGCCUCAGGGACAAGUCCUCCGCCAGCAGGAGUUCAAGAGGAGGCAGGAGUUCCUCAACCUUCAGGGACAUCUCCUGAUAAAGUUCUUUUUACUACUUUUCCACCACCGCCUUUUGUUUUAAAAAUUCCUUCUUUCGGAUCACAAACAAUAGUGCAAUUGUCAGGAAUUUGCAUUGUUUGA